CUGACCCAUAUCCAGCUUGUUUCUGUUCUCAAUGCUGUCUUGCUCUGCCAAGCAGAUAGCGCAGAGACAGGCUGCUUGGGAAGCAAGUUAUGAUCUAAGAAUAUCAGCAAAAAGGCAAGCUGUUUCUGGGCUUAUCAGAGAAUACUGGUUUAUGGUCCUCAGUCUUAAAAGAAAUGGCCAGCUACCAAUCCCUUGGACAAACUCUGCAGAAAGAAGUAAGGAAGAUGAAGGAAUCAAAAGAUGGAGAUGUUGAUGUGGAUGACAGUGACACCCAUCAAAACACUGAGCCAUUGAGGAUCAUCCUGGUGGGGAAAACAGGAGCUGGGAGAAGUGCAACAGGAAAUUCUAUCCUUGGGCAGAGAGUAUUUGAGUCCAAGCUAGGAUCCGAGGCAGUGACUAAGAAGUGUCAGAUAGGCACUAGGAUGUGGAAUGGGAGAAGAAUAUUGGUGAUUGAUACUCCUGCCAUCUGUGAGCCAAGUGCCUGGACUGAAGAGAUGUACAAGGAAAUUGGGGAUUGUUACCUGCUCUCCUCCCCAGGUCCCCAUGCAUUAGUCUUGGUGACUCAGAUUGGCCGCUACACUGCAAGGGAUAAGGAGGCAAUGAGGAAGGUGAAGAAAAUCUUUGGAGUAGAAGUGAUGAGGCACCUUGUUAUGCUUUUCACCCGUAAAGAAGAUUUAGGGGGAUCUUUAGAGGAUUAUGUAACAAAUACUGAUAACACAGACCUACAAUGGGGGAUCCGAGAGUGUGGCAGGAGAUUCUGUGCCUUCAACAACCGGGCCACUGGGGAGGAGCAGAUGGCCCAGGUGGAAGAGCUGAUGACUAUGAUUCAGAGGAUGGAGAAAAAGAAUGGAGGCCACUAUUACAGCAAUGCUCUUUACCUUGAUGCUCAGAUCUUCCAGGAACAUGGCAAUAGAAAGUCUUCAGACAGCUACCAAAACUACCUACAACAAGUGAAAUUCCAAAUUCAAAAGCAGACCUCACCCCUAACAGUGGCUGAGGGCAACUCUAUUGCCCAGGCAUUUCAGAGGGCCAAACAAUGGGUUUCUUCCCACCGCAAAAUCUCCUUAUGUCUUUUCCUUGCCUUGGCUCUUAUUGUUAUUAUCGCUGUCAUCUUGAUAUCAAAAUAGACUGAGUAGUUUUCUAAGGUGGCCACUAAUAAUAAUUGUUGGAAGCAGUCAUUUUCAUUGUCACAAUCAUGGAAUUUUUUCUAAAUGGGUUUUCCUAAUUUUUGAAAACAUAUAUGACUCUCAACUUCUAACUCUCUGGAGAAUACUUGCCAAAGAGACAUCUAAAAGAAGUCAACAAUUAUCUUACUUCUUUUAAUAAGAAUUAGGAAAUGAAACUGAUAGUUCUGCUAUCUGUUAGUGUUAGUGGCAUGUUUGGAGAGAAAUUGUGAGGUACUUUGGGCUAUCUAUGGUGAACUCUAACCUUUUUCUAUAUCUUCUGCCUUAGAAAUGCCACCUACUCCUAUGGUUUUCAUGAUCAUCUCUGUGUAGAUAAUUCCCACAUCUGUAUCUCUAUCUCAGUCUCUCCAGAGCUCCAGAUAUACAUUUUCUAUUUUCCAUAGCACAUUUCUCCCUGCAUGUCUUUCCAAUAAUGAAAACUCAACAUGAAAAAAAAAAAACUACACAUGAACUUUCUUCUAAAAUGUGUCCUUCCUUUUCCCUACCUAUUUUUGCAAAAAGAAAAGUUUAUCCAGUCCCUGAUGUUUGAAACUUUGGGACUUUGUCUAACUUUUCCCUUUUCAUUUACCCAAACUGUGCAAGCUUAAUCUGUCAAAUUGACCUCCAAAAUGUCUCUUCCACCUCCCUCAUUUCUUCCCAAAGCCACCAUGCUGAUAUCACCCAUAUAGGUUACUGCAAUGCUCAUAGAAUAUUGAAUCAUAAAUUUAGAGUUGGAAGGGCAUUUCUGUGUCAUCUAUGCCAACCCUUCUCAUUUUAUGGGUAAGGAAACUGAGGCCCUAAUAAAGGCCACUUCCACAAGUCUCUCUCCCUACUGCAAUUCACUGUCCCCUCAAUGUUGUAAAAGGGCAUUUCUUUUGUUUGUUUGUUUGUUUGUUUGUUUGUUUGUUUGUUUGUUUGUUUGUUUGUUUGUUUGUUUCUUUCUUUCUUUCUUUCUUUCUUUCUUUCUU